AUGAUGGGGAAGGUUCCCUCGUUCUCCCCCGGCUCCACAGUGAGCUCUGCUCUGCCCGGCUACGUCACUCUCUGCCUCACUCUCCAGGUUCACAGGCUGGUGUCAGCACAGUUCACAGUGACAGGACCUGACCGUCCAGUCACCGCGUCCCUAGGUGGGGAGGCCAUCCUGUCCUGCCACCUCUCCCCCAGGAUGAGCGCUGAGAACAUGGAGGUAGGAUGGUUACGAUCCCAGGACUCUGCAGUCGUGCACCUGUACCGUGAUAGGCAGGAUCAGUACGGAGAGCAGAUGCUGGAAUAUCGAGGCAGAACUGAGCUCUUGAAAGAUGACAUCAUUGAUGGGAAAGUUUCUCUGAGAAUACACGAUGUCCAACCCUCCGACAAUGGGCAGUACAGUUGUUAUUUUCAGUCCAGUGUCUCUUAUGAAGAAGCUUUAAUGGAACUGCAGGUGGCAGAUAUGGGCUCUGCUCCUGUCAUCUCUGUGGUGGGACAUCAGGACGGAGGGAUCCGGGUUGUGUGUCGAUCAUCCGGAUGGUACCCACAGCCCGAGGUGCUGUGGAGAGAUCUCCAGGGGCAGCUCUUGCCAUCAGCCUCUGAAGAAAUAUCCCCAGCGGCCAAUGGCCUGUUUCAAACAGAGAUUGCCAUUGUUCUAACAGAAGAGUCCAACCAGAAAGUGUCAUGCUUUGUCAGGAACCCCCGACUCAACCAGGAGAGAGAGUCAGUGAUUUCCAUAGCAGAGCUGUUUUUCCCACGAGGUAAUCCCUGGACGGUGGCUCUGGGGGUGAUCCUGCCUCUCCUGGCUGUUCUUAUGGCCCUGGCCAGUUACUGCUUCUGGAGGCAGCACAGAGCAAAAGAAACUCUGCGAUCGGAUAAGGAGAGCGAGAAAGAGACCCUGCUGUCUGAAUGGGAGGGAGAGAAAGAGACUCUGCAAUCUGAAAUGGAGAGACAGAAAGCGGAAUACGAGGCAGCGAAAGAACUGGGACUCACCAGAGCCCAAGGAUACGCAGUGGACGUGACUCUGGAUCCAGACACGGCAAAUCCCUACCUCGUCCUGUCUGAGGAUCGGAAACGUGUGAGAGACGGAGACACACGCCAGGAUCUGCCCGACAAUCCUGAGAGAUUUGAUUAUUGUGACUCUGUCCUGGGCACUGAGGGGUUCACGGGCGGGAGGCGUUACUGGGAGGUGGAGGUGGGAGACAAGCCUGAGUGGGACCUGGGGGUUUGUAGGGAAUCUGUGAACAGGAAAGGGCAGGUCACACCCACACCAGUGAAUGGAUACUGGGCCGUGCGGCUGUUGGGUGGGAGAUACGAGGCCCUCACCUCCCCCCCGACCCCCCUCCCCGUGAGCGUCAGGCCCAGCCGGGUGGGGAUUUUCCUGGACUAUGAGGCGGGCGAGGUCUCAUUUUACAAUGUGACUGACAGGUCCCAUCUCUUCACUUUCACUGACACCUUCUCCGGGACGCUCCACCCUUAUUUCAGUCCUGGUUACGAUGCUGGGGAUAAUCUGAUAAUCUGCCCGGUCCCAGCUCAGGCCGGAGGGAAUCUCUCUCCCUGA